AUGCGGCGCCCACGGGCGUCACCAUCGUCGGUCCUGGCCGGCCGCCAAGACAAAGCUUUCACCCAGCGAAGAGUCUCAAAGCCUCGCGCCUGCCAACAAGGACUGGCACAAACCACCACCUUCAUCCGCCGCAAAGCGACCCUCGGAGAGCCACCGCACGCACCCCGCAUCCUCAAACGCUCGUCAUCUUGCAGCAACCUCAAGGCCAACCACAAGCCGCCGCCGCGCAGCCCUCCCGGCACCAAUAGCCAGAAGCCACCGGAGCACCGCCGAAGAGCAUCGUGGGCGCCGCCGGAAGGCCACAUAGAGGGGGCGCCGACCAACACCGACACGGGGCUCAAGGACGAACGCCGAAGCCCGGCCGUCGCGACGCCCAUGCGGCCACCGCGGCCACCGUACUGUCGAGGAAACUGGGGCCGCCGCCCCGGAGAGCACCUCACCCUGCUCCUCCUCCCAGGGACUCCCCCGCGCCCGCCCUGGCCUCCACACGCCGGCGACGGCGUGCCUCCAUCGCGCCACGCCUCGAGCCACCCCGCCCCCGAGCAGGGCCAGCUCGGCCCGGAUCCGGACCGGCCGCGCGCCAGCCCGCCCGCCACGAGCCUCUAG